GUGCCUAAUAGCAAUAACAAAACGCUGACAAAAAUAAGUUAUAAUCAUGCAACCAAAGAUUGACUAAAGGCAGUACGUAGCUAUAACCGCUGACCCGUGGAUUACGACUGAAUAUAUCACCUUCUAUAAAGACCUGACAACUAGGAAGUCAAACUGAAUAAGUAGACAGAAGGUGCACACAAAAGAUUAACAUAUUCCGAUAGGACACUCAAGAUGCGAAUGGAAUUAUAACAGAAGGAAACUUAAUAAUAACGGCAUAAUAUCCCGCAUUCCUUUGCUUACUUAUAAACUGAUUAGAGAUGAUGUAGAGACUGGAAAUUCCUUUGUCUUCUUGUUUUGUUCUUUUAUCAGUCAAGUUCCGUAUCCCACUUUUUUGCAUUCCAUUCACAUUAGAUAGUAUUGGGAUCUUUCCAUUCAACUUCCCCGUUCUUAUUUAAAAAGAAAAAAAAAAGAAUAACAUUUUUCACACACAUAUAUAUAUAUUCGUUUUUUUUAUGUAUGAAAUAUAACAUAAUAAUAAUUUCUUUUUUCUUUUGUGUGUCAUUUGUCAUGUCAAAAGAUACGAAAAAUCAAAUUUAGUUGUUAGACCGACCUAUUCCAUAAGAAGCCUUCAUAUCGGACCGUCUUCGGAAUAUAUUGCUAUUAACGGAAUAUGGUCCUAGCCUCAGCUAGCACCAGUCACAUAGUCUCUCCUUGUGACACGUUAAUCUGCAGACGUGAUUACGUAACACGACUAAGGUUCCUUUCACACCAAAUCCCCACCUAAUUUGCAACCCCCUAUUAUAAUCUUAAAAAUUAUCUACUGUUGCCAUAGAAACAACUAACUUUCCAUGAUAAGUCGCUUAAAUUCGUAUCGAAAGUUAUUUCAGUUAAACUUUAUUGAUAUCCGUAUCUGUUGACUUACUUCACAGUUAUUUUUAGCUUAUUUCUCUAAAAUGUUAUGAUUGGAUGAUAUCAACCCAAACUCGGCUGUUGACGGGAAUCAAUUACCUUCACCAUAAUUUGCCAAGUUAAAUGUCAAAAUAAGACAAAGAUAAACACUUUGACUUAGAGUCCAAUUAUAUUCCGAAUUAAUAAAUAUAAUUUCAUUUUUAAUUAGUUUUUUAAAGCGGGGAGGAAAUAUAUUAAGAAGUUUAAUUGAAUUAAAAAAAAAACUACGCCAUGUAUUGUCGAAUAUCUUGCUGUAAAAUGUAAACUUUAUCCUGAUGGUCCAUCGCUGUGACUGGCAGGUGUGUGUGUAUUAAUGUUAUUAACAUCGUGGGGUCAAUAUUUUAGGCAUUUACUGACUUCCUCUGAUAGUCUUACUUAAAUUGCUCCCUUUUUGGUUCUUGUCUCUGUUUUUUUAUUUCUCACCUGGACUGUACCCGAUAAAAGCAAAUGAUGAAACGGAGACAAAAAGAUGUUCAACUCAAUUGAUCAUACCAAGAAAAAUCAAUUUUUAGAACAAACCAAGGCUGCCAGAGAAGAACGAGCAUUUGAGCGAAGGAGAGACAAUGCUGCCAUUAAAAUUCAAUCUUUGUUUAGAGGUCAUGUUUGCCGGGUCAAACUACAAACACAAGUUCGGCAGGAGUUGGAUUUACUUCUUCAAAUACCCCAGACUAUGGAUAUUGAAUAUAAUCCAAAACAACGACCAGUGCUGGAACUUUUCUCUGCCUUAAAGAAGUUUCUGUUUGUCUUUAAUAUCAAAGAAGACAAAAGGAGGUACGAGUAUGUAUGCCGUUACCUUCUUCUCAGUGUACAGUCUGAGAACACAAAAACAUCGUAUGUUGCCAUGUCAAUGCAAAAACAACAUGUGCUUUCCUGGAUCCAACAACUGAAAACUGUGUUGUGGAAUUGUUGUGUGUGUCUCAAGUAUCUCAAGCCAGAAAAUCACCGUGAUAACCAAGCAAUUGUGGUUCAUUUACGUAUGCUAAUUACUUUCACAUGUAUUGGUUCUUGGGGUAUAGUGAAAGGAAAGACUGGUGAGGCACUUAAGCCUGGACUUAAUCAGCUUUGUAAUAACAUCAUGGGGUUUCUGAAUAGCAAAGGUUUCUAUAGUGUUAUACAGGUUCUUCUUACUCGAGGUCUUGCUCGGUCCAAACCAGUCUUCAGCAAUACAUCACUCACAGCUGUUAUCACUAUAGCACUUCGACCACUGUUGGCAUCCAACUUUUCUGAGAACCUUAUGACUAUGUUUCUCCUCCAUAUUCUGUCUGUUCCUGCAGUUAUCUAUCACAUCAAUACACAUUCUCAAGAGUGUAUGAACACAUUAGUAACACAUCGUAUCUUUAAACGAUGUCUUGAUUUAUUAACCAAUGAACAAAGUACUCGCAUAGUGUUCAAUUCAUUAGAAGGAAACUAUGCUCUGUGCCUUUUAGCUAAUCUGGUACAUCUUGGCUAUACUGAAGUUGAGGGUUUGGUUGAAAAUACUUUAAAAUUUAUGAAUGUAAUGAUAUAUUUAUUGGACAGUUGUAAAAAAUACGUCCAAAGCAAGAAAUCGAACCUGACGUUGUGGCACCCUGUUUUAGGCUGGUUCUCUCAAAACACAGACCAAAGUUUACAUGAAGCCAUGCCAUAUGUUGUGAAACAACUACAGCUUCUGUGGAGUAGCAAAAUGAUUCGAUUACUGUUUAAUGAAUUGCUGGAGUAUGUUGAUGCCAAUAAACAAACACAACAACAGACCAACAAGUCCAGUGCCUCUUCACCAACUAAAGAAUUUAAUCCAAACUCCUUCACUCAAAUGUAUUCUUUUACUGUGAAUGAGUUUAGUAAUCUAAAAAAGAUUGGCCUUCUGAAAAAAGCUCUAGAAAAAGCCUCUUCAAAGAACACUUGUGCCAAAAUCAAACUUGGUAGUCACGUUGCCAGAGCCACCUGUCUACCUUGUGAUCUAUAUCAACAAGCCAUCAAUACUUUAAGCCAACUCAGAUUAGACAUACUUGGAGGUCUUAGUUACAACAAAGUUCUCCUUCCAAUAUUGUGGAAAUUUCUUUGUGACUUAGGCCCAAACUGUGGCCUUAAAGUGUUUCUAGAAUUGUUCCCUCAGAGUCCCAACACCACCUUACAUCCUGUGUUUAGCCUUCUUUCCUUGUUUUCUGAGUCAGCUGGACACUUGAUCACCACCCUUGAUGACAUUGAGAUGUAUGAACAGCAGCGCAUGUUUUCUCUUGAUGACUAUAUCAAAAUGAGUGACUUCCUCAAUCAUUUUGUCUUCAAAGUCAUUUGGAAUUCGUUAAUAGACUUUCAAGUGACUGGCUCUUGUAAUGUCUUUAGUGCUGCUCGUAGUCUGCUAAUGAUUCUUUAUGAAAGAGAUAGUCGUCGGUCAUUCACUCCCAAGGACCAUUGGCUAAUUCGAGAUGUGAAACCAUCGACUAUAAUUUCUGAACUGGAAGCUGGCAGAAAAAAUGCUCAAUUUAUUAUGCAAAAGAUUCCACACAUUAUACCAUUUAGUGAGCGAGUAGUUUUGUUCCGAAAAUAUGUUAUGAAGGAGAAAGAUUUCCUUGGACUUACCGAAUCUGUGUGUACAUCUCCACAGUCCACACUAAUAACAAUUCAUCGGUCUCGUAUAGUCGAAGAUGGCUACAGACAGUUAGCACAAUUACCUGCUCGCAACCUCAAAGGUGUUAUCAGAGUAAAAUUUGUAAAUGAACAGGGUUUAGAUGAGGCAGGAAUUGAUCAAGAUGGCGUAUUUAAAGAAUUUUUAGAGGAAACUAUUUCAAGGGUAUUUGAUCCAUCUUUGAGUCUAUUCAAGGCAACUAGUGAACAAAAGCUGUAUCCUUCAUCAACAUCCUACAUUCAAGAAGAUCACUUAGCACUUUUUGAUUUUCUGGGACGGAUGUUAGGAAAAGCUGUCUAUGAGGGUAUUGUUGUUGAUGUGCCGUUUGCUCCAUUCUUCCUGACACAAAUUCUUGGCCAUCAGCAGAGUUCAACCUACAGUUCCCUUGAUGAAUUACCAUCUUUAGACCCAGAGCUUGCCAAAAGUCUUUCAUACCUCAAGCAUUAUGAGGGUGAUGUCAGUGAAUUAGAUCUAACAUUUUCCUGUGAUGAAGAUUGCAUGGGUCGGCUUGAGACACAUGAACUUGUACCCGGAGGAAAAGUUAUUGGAGUUACAGAUGAAAACAAGAUCCGUUAUGUCCAUUUGAUGGCUCAUUUUCGAAUGUACUGCCAGAUAAAGGAGCAAACUGCUGCCUUCAUCCGUGGGUUUCGAUCAGUGGUUAACCAUGAAUGGCUCAAUAUGUUCUCAGCUCCUGAACUACAGAAGCUUAUUUCUGGUGACAAUAGAGAUAUCGACAUAGAAGACUUAAGACGUCAUACUCAGUAUUAUGGUGGCUAUCAUAAUAACCACAGAGUAAUCAACUGGUUAUGGGAUAUCGUGGACCAUGACUUUAGUGCUCAUGAGAGAAGUCUUUUCCUCAAAUUUGUCACAAGCUGUUCUAAACCUCCACUGUUAGGUUUCUCCACACUCGAUCCUGCAUUUUCCAUUCGGUGUGUAGAAGUUAGUGAUGAUCAGGACACCGGGGAUACUGUUGGCAGCGUUCUUAAAGGAUUUUUCAAUAUUCGUAAAAAGGACCCGAUUGGUCGUUUACCAACAUCUUCAACUUGUUUCAAUCUUCUUAAACUGCCUAACUACCAGAAGAAGAGCACUUUGAAGGAAAAAUUACGAUAUGCCAUUCAUUCAAACACUGGCUUUGAGUUGUCUUAGCCUUCAUGUGUCACGAAUGCACAAAAUGUUGAUUCAGUUGACCGUCUGACAGAAUACAGCAUGGAUGUGGAAAAUAGAUCUACAUUUGUUCAUGUGAGUAAGAAAAAUGAGAAUAUAUUUAAAAAGCUAAAGAAAAAACACACAAAAAAGAAAUACAUUCCUAAAGCUUUACUUUUAAAAAAUAAUGAAAAACAUUUUGUGAACAUUUCAGACAUUUCAAAUAAAAGCAAUAAUUUUUUUAUUCAAUAUGGAAAUAAUUAGCAACGUUGGUGAGACUGUGAUUGGCACUGUAGAUUCUUAUGUUCUGUUUACCCUCUGUUGUUCUGAUAUUAUUAAUUCUUUCCAUCUUAAAGAACAUAAAAAGAAACCACAUGAGGAGUGAAAUCAGCCCUAAAUACAUAUCACAUACAAAUUUAUUUUUCUACUCAAAAUUUAAAAUGCUUAAUUUUUUUUUCUUUUGGUUAUUUCCAUUACAUUUUUUCAUAAAUUUGCCUGAAUCAACAACACUAAAAUUCAAAUAAAUAAAUAAAAUAUAUCAGGUAACAUUAUUAAAAAAACCAUUGGAGAGAAAUAAAUUUGUAUAUGAUAUGUAUUCAAGACUUCAUCAGAUUCAUGUGCUGUGAAUAUUUUGGUACUUAAUGUUGAAACAACCAUUGCUGUAUGAUGUAAGCAGAAAUAUUUGAAGUGGUUAAACUUCAAAGUAUGUCUUUUAUUGAUUUGCUUUGAACCGAAUCUUAGUGUAAGGAAUCACAACUGUACAUAAAACAAAUCUGAAUAUUACCUGACUGAGAUUAAGAGGAUUAGCAAAGACAUUUUGUCACUACAUGACAGAGCUCAAAAUAGUAGGAAAUGUACCGAAGAGAUACAUUUUCUUGAUGUUCUCUUAAACUGAAAUGGUUGUAGAUUAGCCAGGUAAGUACUUGGUGUGUCAUCUUUGUGUAGACUGUCAUUGUGUUAAACAAAAGAAAAUGGAAAAAUAAAUACAAUUAUAAAAACUA